GGGAAGUCGGUCUGCUGAAAAGUUGGUGACAGGUUGGGGCAGCGGAGGCAGAACGGGCAGGUGCCGCCGCCGCUGCCGGGGCGGCGGAGCGCUCCAGGGGCGGCCGACUGCGAGCAAACUUUGAUUCCUGCUACAGAACAUGUCAGAGUUUUCCUGGGUUUUGGCUGCGUCUGGGGACAUCUUGUGAUGUUUUAGAGAACAGGACAUGAUCUCACAUGGCGAGGAGCUCUUUAGUUUCUUAAUCAUUUCACGGUUCCUUCAGAGGCUUUUUUCCACCUAAAACGUUUAGUUUCAGCUCAGUGAUCAGCUGCAAAAGCUCGGCGGGGAGCGGAAGAGUUGAAUUAUUCCAACCUGAGAGAGCCCCUCACAAAAAAAAAAAAAAAAAAAAAAAAGCACCAAAAAAAGAGGAAAAAAAGAGAAAAAAUAAAGAAGGAAAAUAAAGAAAAGAAAGAAGGGGGAAAAAAGAAAAUAAAGAAGAAAAGACAAGAAAACAGAAAGGAGGAAAAGAAAAACGGAAAAUACAAGAAAAGAGGAAAACAAAACAAUAAAAAGAAAAGAAGAAACAGGGAAAAGGAAGAGGUUGCAAUACGACGUAGAAACUUUUUCUUGCCUCUGUUUCCCCAAGUCCUGAAGAGCCGGAAUGGAGCUCGAGAAAACCUACGCGACACCCCGAGCCGGCCGCACAGGACACGGAGGCGUGAAUCAGCUGGGGGGUGUUUUUGUGAACGGCCGCCCUCUCCCAGACGUCGUUCGCCAGAGGAUCGUGGAGCUCGCCCACCAAGGGGUCCGGCCGUGUGACAUCUCCCGGCAGCUCCGCGUCAGCCACGGCUGUGUCAGCAAAAUACUCGGCAGGUAUUAUGAAACUGGGAGUAUUAAGCCUGGAGUGAUUGGAGGAUCAAAACCAAAGGUCGCCACACCCAAAGUCGUUGAAAAAAUUGCAGAGUACAAACGCCAAAAUCCCACCAUGUUUGCCUGGGAGAUCAGGGACAGACUCCUUGCUGAGCGAGUGUGUGACAACGACACCGUGCCCAGUGUCAGCUCCAUUAACAGGAUCAUAAGGACCAAGGUGCAGCAGCCACCCAAUCAGCAGGUCCCUGCUUCCAGUCACAGCAUAGCCUCCACAGGAUCAGUCACCCAGGUGUCCUCUGUCAGCACUGACUCUGCUGGCUCGUCCUACUCCAUCAGUGGGAUCCUGGGCAUCGCCUCCCCCGGCGCCGAGAGCAACAAGCGCAAGCGGGACGAAGGUAUUCAGGAAUCUCCAGUACCAAAUGGCCAUUCUCUACCAAGCAGAGAUUUUCUUCGGAAACAGAUGCGAGGAGACCUUUUCACCCAGCAGCAGCUAGAAGUGUUGGAUCGUGUCUUUGAGAGACAGCAUUAUUCUGACAUUUUCACAACAACUGAGCCCAUCAAACCAGAGCAGUGGUGCUCCAUGCUGAUGAGACAGUGCGUGGUACAACCGCAGGCAGUCAUUUUUCAGGCAACAGAAUACUCAGCCAUGGCCUCACUAGCUGGUGGAUUGGAUGACAUGAAGGCCAAUAUAACCAGCCCUACUUCUGCAGAUUUGGGAGCAAGUGUUCCUGGGCCUCAGUCCUAUCCUAUUGUCACAGGUCGCGAGCUGGCAAGUACAACCCUCCCAGGAUACCCUCCACACGUCCCUCCUGCUGGACAGGGCAGCUACUCCGCUCCAGCACUGACAGGAAUGGUGCCUGGGAGCGAGUUUUCUGGGAGCCCAUACAGCCACCCACAAUAUUCAACAUACAACGACUCCUGGAGGUUUCCCAACCCUGGACUCCUGGGCUCCCCCUACUACUACAGCGCUACAGCCCGUGGAGCAGCUGCACCAGCUGCUGCUGCCGCCUAUGACCGCCACUGACGCCGGAGCUCAGGGCAUCGGCACUGACAGCACACGCGUCUGGGACAACCCUGAUGAGUCAUCCUGCUGCCACCAUGCCAGCCACUCCAAAAGGGAAGGAGAAAGUACCUAGUAGGAACAUGAUAAUUGAAAUUUUGCUCCUAAAGCUUGUUGAACUAAUUAUUGUAUUCUUAAAUCUGGUUGGGUCCUGAAUCAAACAGAGAAACAGGAGGAAGUUGUACUCCUGAAGCUCUGUGUGGUCAAAAAUGUGUGGUAGCUUCAUGUUCUUUGCAGCCGGCUGGCUACUGCUUUAAUCGCCUGCGGGUGCCAUGGCUGUAUCUGGGGAUAAGGAAGAGGUGUGAGCAGCUCCCCUUGGGGCAGCUCCCUCUUGCUGCACACUGAAACAGGCUGUGAGACUUAAGGCAAUUUUCUUUUCUUCUUCUUCUUCUUCUUUUCUUUUUCUUUUUCUUUUUUCUUUUUUUUUUUUUUUUUUUUUUGUGUGUGUGGCAAAGAAAAAAUCAGUCUGCUCAACUUUACGCAAGCACACCACUGUAAAUAUUUGCUUGUUUGUAUUACUGUAAAAGUAGCUUAAGCAUAAACAGCAACACUGUACAAGAAUGAAAUCAAAACACAUCCAAAAGUGUGUUUUGAAACUGGUGCACUGAUUCAAAGAACUCAGUAAGCUUUAAGCAACUUUGAACCAGGUUAACACUCAUUGUGGCUGUAUUUUGAGCUGAUGUUGUUUCUAUAUAGAGCAUCCUAUUUGACAGUUGUGUGUGAUCAUGCUAUAUGCUGGUACCAAACACAUGGGCAACUGAAAGACAUAGGCAAUUUUGUGAUACUUUACUGCUUAAUAUUAAUUUAUGUUCAUUUGUCAUCAUACUAAACACUGGAACAAAUUCACUGGUUUCAAGUUAAUUCCAGGAAGGAAUUCCUAAAUAAUAGUUGACACCUUACAUAUAUCUCUACAGAUUGUGUGCUAAAUCCCAGUCAUGAAAACCCUGAGGGGAAGGCAGAGAAGUACUGUGGUUAUGAUUUUUGUUAAGUGCAUAUACUGAGUGGGGGGUACCAGGCAUGAGCGCAGCUGCACUCACUUUCCAAGCCAAGCUGAAAGGGAAAUUGCUUGUUUCGGGGUGUUUCUUCAUUUCUGUGAAGGCAUUGCAGAUUCCAGCACGGUAGUCCAGACAUGUCUGAGGGGACUUUUGCCUUGCUAACUCUGUGUUUCUUCCCUCCUACUUGAAUAGGAAGCACUAAUAGUCACACGUUUCAAUAUGCACCUUGUGAGGAGCUAAAUUAAGAGAGCAGAGCAGCUACGAAUGACCACUAAGCAGCUACACCAAUCACUGCCCCUCCAUGGAGCCAGGAGAACUGCUGAUUUCUCCCUGAAGCCUCCCCCUAGCCCAGACCAAGGCACAGACAACCUCAGCCACAUAAGGAUGAUGGGCAUGACCCCAUCCCUUCCCUCAUGAGGGCAAUGGAGAAGCUCCCUGGUCCUGCUGAGAUGAAGACCUGGCUGUAGCCUCCUUACUCCCAACCCAAUCAUCCUCAUCCACCCAGAGCUGCCUGGGCUCUUCUGUUGGUGCUUGCCUGCAGAAGAAAGGCUUCUGGUGUCAAACUUGAGAUGCACUCCUGUGGAGGAACAUUCAAGCAGGUAUUCACCAGGUUCCAGUUGUACAAACCUUUCUCUGGCAGCUGCUGAGUUAACACUAUUCUCUCUCUUCCCUUCCCACCUCAUUACUUGUGCUGCAUAUCUGGUAUCUGUAGUGGCCACUGAUCUGCUGAGAAAUUCCCUCUCCCCCUCUAGUGGCAUCUUCUCAUGGUAUGGAAAUGCAGCCAUCACUUCCAAGUUUCCAGGGCAGAUGUGUUCCAGUUCUCAGCAUGAAGACAUCCAGGUCCCACCAGCUCAGUAACAUUUCAGCAUGAUGUUCACAGACCCCAUCAGGCAUUUUAGCCAGAGUCUUUUAAACUAACCCAGAAAUAUCAGUGAAAUGAGUGCUACUUUUAUUCUUUCAGCAAUUAAUAUUGAUACACACCUGUGUUUAACAAAAGAUAAAUAACAACAUGGAAAAUUAUACAAGGAAUCUUCUGAAACCCUGCUUUGGGUUCAUAACUCUCUGCAUACCCCAUGACUGCUUUCAGUCCUUGGACAAUACUGGAAAGGGUAUUUCUGUCCCUGGGACCCUGUGCAUGACCCUGGCCAAGGGGUGUGCAUUGUCUCCACUCUAAGCACAUGCACCUUCUCUGUGAGCUCAGGAAGGGCUGUGUCUGUCCAGUGCCUUUGCUGAAGAGAUGAGAAACAAGGGUUUGACCACCAUUGCUGGUGAGGUAUCUGGAGCAGAGGUGUGCUGAGUUACACUAGCUGUUGGGACAGCAUCAGGCUUGGCUAAAACAAGCCUGAUGUGAGGGAACUGCUGCUCAUUGGCAUUGGGUCCUUCACCCACUCUGCCUACUCUCCUGCAAUCACAUUACUUUUACUUGUUUCCUCAGCAGCAUGAAUUGUGUGACAUACAUUAAUUCAGAUAAUGUUGAGAAGACCAAACAUGAGAUUUCAGCAGAUGUUAUAUCUAUAUUCAUGCCAGAAGUGCUUGUAGUUGGGCUGGGGAUUUUAGAAAGACAUGACAGGUGUGUUUCCUCCAGGUGAUGGAUGUGUGAAUGCCACUGUCUGAAGUGCUCAGGCCUGACUGGUCUCAAGGCUUUCAUCAGGGCAGCCCUUGUACUCUGGAUGCACAGACAGCUAUUGAGGGGAAACCCAAAACUCCUAGCCUUGCACAUGUGAAGCAGGGACUUGUGCCUGACCUAUCUCCCAAGACAUGGCAGCCAUGGCUCACUCACAUCUGCUGGGACAUCCUUCUGUCAUGAGCAGCUAGUGUGAGUUAGACCAUGGAAUAUUCAUGCCAUGCUGCUGGAAAUGGCACUUUUUGACAGCACUUUCUGGUUUGGGAAUAUUUCACCUGAGAUUUACAAACUGCUUUCCUCAGAAAGACUUUCUGGCCAUAGUCUUCACAGUGGGAAUCCUCCUCCUUGGGGAGCAUCUUUGAAAGGCACUAUUGGUAGAAGGUGGUCAUCUGGGGACGACAGAGGAUUGCCUGCCUCCAUCCAUCCUCUGUGGCUUCACUAUUUCAUGGGGGAGGGGCUACUGGGUGAGGUGGAGAUGGGAAGCAAAUGACCCUUAGGGGCUGCUAGGAGGGGAGAGAGCCAGUCCAGUGCUGGGGUUUGGAGUGCCCUGCUAAUCCUUUACUCAGUGCCCUAUGGAGCAGUAAAUCUUUUCUAAACCAUUGCAGAAAUCAACCCUAUGAAGUGCCUUCAGGCAGUUUCAGCACUGAACUCUCUUAUAGGCUUGGUUAGAUGGAGAGUUUUCCAGUACUUGACACUCCAGCAAUAAUUUUAUCAAAUACAUUGCUGACACAGGCUAAGAAAUUAAAUCUGAGAGGUGAAGAGGAAAAAUGCUGCUGUAAGACUAAGUGGAGGCUAGAAUCAGGAUUGCAUGAAUGAGGGGAAUUCUGACUUGGCGAGGAAACCUUCAGUUAAAUGCUGUCAGACUGUGACGACAAAGACACAAAAUGUGGACAGAGUUUGUUUAUCAUUGUGUCUGAAGGUUCAGUUAUGGAGAUAUCAUUGUUAGGCAGCUCUACUGACUGCAGAGCUCUGGAUGUCUCAGGACUGGAUCAACAGCUCAAAAGUUUUCUUUGAUCACUGUUGAAGUAGAAAAACAAUUGGGGCUCUGGCGUCAUGGGGCCAGAGAGGGACUGUUCAUUCCAAGAUGUCUGAGAAGUUCUCUGAUGGGACUGGCAGGUGGUACGACAGCAGUGCUUGAGGCACUUGGGAAGGAGAUGGUGAGGAAAGAAACAGUACCAGGGUACAUGGAGCUCACAAUCUGUCACCCCUCCUGGACUCCCUGUGACUGAUUCCUCUUGGUGCUGCAGUGUCAGGGGAGUGCAGUGGGACAGAGCAGCAUGGUGGGGGAGGGAGGUGUGAUGGCCUCACUGUGCCAGGUCUUAGCAGUUACCAGAUGUUGAUAAAUGCUUUGCCAUGCUGGUUUUAGCUAAUGGGGUUAUAUUCCUGGUUUUCUUUUUCUUUAAUUUCUGUAUUUUACACGUCCUUCAGUAAGAGGAGAAAGGAAGCCAUGUAAUGGUCUUGCUUAUUUCCAUACGUGGGUACCUGUAGCUCCAAGAGCUGUGGCCUGUAGUAGAGUCAACUUGUGUAUCUGUCAUUGGCUCCAACAUAGCUCUGACCAAGUGUCCUUCCCAGUACCAUGCUCUUCUCUGCAUGCAUGUAUUACUAGGAAGCAUGAGGCCCAAGAGGUAGCAGAGCACUAGGAUGACCCACCCCAUGACUCUGUCCCAGCAAAUUCUGGAAAAACCUGGUUUUUCUUCUGGAUUCAUUGAUGAAAUGUUAGAUGACCAGCAGCUCUUGGCUAACAUGCCCUGAAUUCUCGCUAAGCGUGUGUGAUGGUCACAUGUGGGUGCUGUUAGGCAGAGCUGGGCCAGGCAGCCUGCACUGACAGAGGCACUGGGAACACUUUCCGAGCUGCAGCCAACUGCCGCUCCACUCUGGAGGCAGAGUGCUCAGUAGCAACACAAGGCUGGGGAUGCCAGCUAGGAAGCCCUGUAGUUUCUCAGAUCUGCUCUUGUCACAGGUACACGUUACCGUGGUAGGACAAACAAAAGGAUCUGAAAAGAUCAAAACCAAUUAGUGUUCUUUUUCUAGUUGAGCUAAUGAGACUUGACGUGCAAAUGCUGAGUGAAAAGCAUGAGUGAAAAGCAUGUCAAAGUGGUGCCCAGAUUGCUCACCUUGGCAUCACAGCUGGCAUAGGUGUCAGCUCCAGCAGUGGCCUCCCUCACCCGUCCCGUGAAAGGCUCACAGAAUGCAGGAGCUCCAUGGUGGGAGCCAGACUGAAAGGACUGAGCUGGACACAGCUGCAGCAUGGCUGGGUGAGCAGGCAUGCAUGUAGGGAUUUCUGUCUACACACCUUUAUGUGUCGGCACACUUGAGCAUCUCAGAAGCUUGCAGGGGUUGUGGAGAGGUGGAUCCUAGUCCUGCUUCAGCCCCAGACUCCACCCAGCCAGACCCCUGUGUCCAAGGUUUCUGGCUCUGCCUUGUCUAAAUUAGGUGGGAAAAAUGGCCAGUGGGCAUUUAGACCUGCCUUUCCAUUUGCUCUGCCUCCUGCGGGAAAAAAAUCUUGUCCUGGUUUUUCACUUUCUGUAGUGGCCUUUGUACAUUUUGAAAUUACAGAAACUCAUUUCAUUGCAAAUGGAAUUCCUUUCCAAGAAAAAAAAGGACAAACUUUUUUUUCUUACAGACAAACAACUAUGUAUUAGGGACUUCUAGCAUCAAAGAAAUAGAAAUACAUAUCUAUUGUAUCCACCAAAGUCUGCAAUGCCUGCAUUGAAGGAAAAAGAGAGAGGGAGAAAAAGAAAUGCCUCCUCACCUUGAGAAGUACAUACAAACAAAAAAUAACUUACAAAAAAAAAAUCCUAAAAAUAACAGUUGAAUUGCCUUUGAAAGUAGGGGAUAACAUCUGUUGCAAAACAGAUGAAAAAAUGCUUCUUAAAAUGUGUAUGUUUUGUAUUCUUUUUUUCUAGUAGGAAAAGAACAAACUUGAAAUCUUGGUGUUUUUUCCUUAGUGCUGUGUGUUGCUUUUGUGUGUUAUAAUAUUUGAAUGUAAUUACAGCGGUGCCAAUUUGCCAAAGACGUCGAACAUUAUUUUGGGGAUUUUAUUUUGGGUUUUGUUUUGGGUAGCAGAAAGGGAGGUGGGCUGGGGACCAGGGGUGCUAAGGCAUGGGUCAAAAAGGAGGGGCCAUUUGAAGGGUUUUUUUUUCUUCCUUUCUUUAUUUUUUUUUGUUUAAUUCUUAUUUCCUGUCAAUGCUGGAAUCUGUGAUUUUAUUCUAAGUUAAAUGGUUGACUGCAACACUUUUUAUUUUUAGAUUAGUUGAAGAAACAUGCAAUAAGAUUGGCGUAGUUCAAUAUCUGUGUGUCUUUUCAUGAGAGUGACUGUUACUUGUGGACAUUUGGUUUUAUGUAACCUUUAUGUGAGAUAAUUAUUUGUAAAUAUUUACCAUAAUUUUAUUGGUUCCUAAAAUAAAAGUAAUUUUUUUAAGUUCAAAA